AUGUCUGAAUUAAAUGCGUUAAUAGAAAAAGAAAAAAUGGAUGGUAAGAUAAUUGAAUAUUGUAGCAGUGCAACGGAUUCCUCGGUGGAAAACAGCAUGUAUGUAAACAAAGUGUGGGUUCAAUGUGACAAUGAAAGUUGUUUGAAAUGGAGAUUGUUGUCAAGUGAAGAUGCAGCCAAAGUUGAUCAUGAUGAACCAUGGUACUGCUUCAUGAAUGCUGAUCCAAGAUACAAUGAGUGCUCUAUUUCUGAAGAAGAAUUUCCUGAAGAGUCUCAGCUUCAUCAAAGUGGAUUUAAGAUUGUCUAUUCACAGCUCCCUCUUGGAAGCCUGGUUUUGGUAAAAUUACAGAAUUUUCCAAGUUGGCCAGGGAUACUUUGCCCUGAUCCUUUUAAAGGGACAUAUGUGACCUAUGACCUGGAUGGAAAUGUUGAACGGUAUCACAUAGAAUUCCUGGGUGAUCCUCAUUCAAGAUCAUGGAUAAAUGCAACAUUUGUUGGACAUUAUAGUAUCACAUUAAAGGCAGCAAAAUGUAAGAAUAAAAAGAAGUGGUAUAAAAGUGCAUUACAAGAAGCAUACCUACUCUAUGGAUAUUCUCAUGAACAAAGACUAGAAAUGUGCUGGCUAUCAAAACAGGAUAAAUCCAAGUUAGAUGCCAAAGUUGCAGUGGUGACCAAGAAAAGGAUGCAAGUUUCCAAAAAUAAUAUUGAAAAGAAAAAACCCAAAUUUAGAAAAAGGAAAAGGAAAGCGAUUUUAAAAUGCUCUUUUGAAAACGUUUGUUCAGAUGAUGCCUUAUCAAAGGAAAACAUGGUUGUCUCUGAGACUGAAGUUUUACUGAAAGAGUUGGAGCAAAUGCUACAGCAAGCACUAGAGCCUACAGCAAUACCUGAUGAGUCUGAAGAAGAACCUGGAGAGGAAAUAAAUGCAGGAGAAAAGUUAUCUAAAUGCAACCCUGAAGCUCCUGCGAGCAGUCCAUUUGAAAACCACUAUGAAGAGGACUAUCUUGUAAUUGAUGGGAUAAAACUAAAAGCUGGAGAAUGUAUUGAGAAUAUAACUAACAAAUUUAAAGAAAUAGAUGCUUUGAUGUCUGAAUUUUAGGGGAUUAUACAUACUUUCAAAAGUUAGUUAUGAAAAUAUUGACAUCUUCAUAUUUUCCCAGUCAAAGCUUAAAAAUGUUUAGUGAAAUAGUUGUAUGUUAUACUAAAGCUGAUUUUUGUAAUAACUAUCUGCUUCACAUUUUGAGAAUGUCCAUGGUUUUGAGAGCAAAUCAAAUGGUAUUUAAGUUAAUGUUAAAAAUUUAGAAUCA